AUGCAGGCAUUCCGGGACGCGGUACGUUGCAGGUUUAUCCCGACAUCCGCAAGCGAGCAGGCUAUGGCGGAACUGAGAAAGCUUAAACAGGGAAAACUGUCUGUAGAGCGCUACAUUGAGAAAUACCAGUCCUUGGUGAACCAAAGUCCUAUGGUGGCCCCGGAGCUUCACUACCAAUGGUUUAUAGCGGGGCUGGAUCCCGUAGUGAGGCAAACAGUGACUGGCUGGGCCACGGGCAGAGAAAUGAUGGGCGAUAAAGUGGAACUAGCUGACAUGAUGGAAUACCUCCGCAGAAUGGAAAAGAAAAACGCCACACCCACAGCCCUGGCUGAAAAGGAAGAAGGCGGGCACGGGAACAAUCCCGAUUUGGAACCAAGAGAUAUUGGGGCUGUGAACACCAAGCCAGCUAAACACGGGGCUAGAAGCGGCUACCGUCAGCAGACGGCGACUUCACCACCUAAAAAGCAAGACGGAGACUCUGAACGGCGCACCUGCAUCUUCUGUAGUAAACCGGGUCACGUAUUUCGAGAUUGCAGGCUUAUGAAAAAGGCUAGGGAACAACUGAGAUCAAGCCCCGACCAGCGCCGCCAAUGA